AUGUCUAAUCCACGCCGCACAAGUGGAUUCACUUAUAGUGAAACCCAGGACCUACAGGCCAUCAAGUCUAUGGAGGAGACAUUGUUCUUUUCCACCCAUCCUCAAAUACCUGGUAAUCUGGAUCCGGUUCCUGCCGCUGAAAUUUCCAAUGCUCCUCAAGAUCCAAAAAGUGAGAAUGCCACUUCCACUACUGCCUCAAUUACCUCAUUGAGUAAAUCAGAUGAUAGCUCCAGCAGCGAAGAAGAGGAUAGUUCAAGCACCUCUGAUUGUCUAGACGAGAAUGUGCCCAGAGAUCCUCUAGAUGAGCAAGCAGCUUUGUUAGUGAAUUUCCUGCUGCAAAAGUAUCAAAUGAAGGAGUCCAUUACAAAGGCAGAUAUGCUGAAUGUUAUGGGAAAGUACAGAAGUCAGUUCUCUGAAGUCAUCCUGAAAGCCACGGAGCGCAUGGAGAUUGUCUUUGGUCUUGACCUGAAGGAAGUGGAUCCCAUCUGCCACAACUACGUCAUACAAAUCAAAUUGGGCCUCACCUAUGAUGGAAUGCUGGAUGGUGAAGAGAGCAUGCCAAAGACCGGAGUUCUGAUACUUGUCUUGGGUGUGAUCUUCAUGAAGGGUAACCGCGCCACUGAAGAGGAAGUCUGGGAAGUCCUGAAUGUGACAGGGAUGUAUUCUGGGCAGAAGCACUUCAUCUUUGGAAAUCUCAAGAGUCUCAUCACUGAAGUUUUUGUCCGAGAAAAAUACCUAGAGUACCAGAAAGUGCCCAACAGUGAUCCCAUACAAUAUGAAUUCCUGUGGGGUCCAAGAGCCUACACUGAAACCACCAAAAUGAAGAUCCUGGAGUUUUUGGCUAAGGUCCACGGAACCGACCCAAGUUCUUUCCCAUCCCAGUAUGAAGAGGCUUUGAAAGAAGAAGAAGAAAGAGCCCAAGCUGCAGCCAAUCUUAGCACUACCAUCGUGGCCAAGGAGAGCUCCAGUGCCACCUUUGGCAGCUCUUCCCACCCCUAG